AUGAUCAAAUUCACUGCAUUCAUUGUGUUAUGGUUUGUUUUCUUAACAGGUAAGAUUGAUCUUGGUCUCCACGCAAGAGCACAUUCAAAUGUAAGCUGCCUUGAGAGUGAGCGGAAAACUCUCCUCGAGUUUAAGAAAGAUCUAAUUGACAAAUCAAAUCGCUUGGCAUCCUGGACCGGAGAAAAUUGUUGCUCAUGGGAAGGAGUUGGAUGUAGCAGGAACACUCGACAUGUGGUGAAACUUGAUCUGCGCAAUAAUGCUACUUUUGAUUUUGAUCGAUUUUGGGGAGGGGACACGCAAAAUUAUUUCUCUAUCCAUGGUGAAACUUGCUUGGGAGGCCAGAUAAGUCCUUCGUUAGUGAACUUGCAGCAUUUGCAUUACUUGGAUUUAAGUUCGAAUUAUUUUGCAGGAAUUCGGAUCCCAGCAUUUAUAGGAUCCUUGAAAAAUUUGAGAUAUUUGAACUUCUCUAAUGCAGGUUUCAAUGGGACAAUUCCUCCUCAAUUAGGAAAUCUCUCAGCUUUAAACUAUCUGGAUCUUGGUAAUAAAAUUGGAAGUUUUAGUUUUGAGACAAGUCAUCAUUCUUUGUCGACAAAGAGUCUCUGGUGGGCCACUAGCCUUUCUUCCUUGAAACAUUUGGACCUCUCGGGAGCGGACCUAGGCGAGGCUCAAGAUUGGUUGCAAGCACUCAACAAACUUCGUUUCUUAUCCUUGCUAACAUUACAAUCCUGUAGUAUUUAUCCCUUUCCUCAUGUUGCACACCUUAAUUUCACAUCUCUUACCUCCCUCGACCUCAGUGAAAAUGAAUUUAACUCCACAAUCCCUCUCUGGUUGUUUAAUUUAACUUCACUGGUUCAUCUAGACCUCAGUUCCAACAGUUUUUUUGGUCCAAUAGUUCCUAAUAACCUUCAACAUUGGACUUCACUAAGCUACCUCGAUCUUAGCUACAAUCAAUUCAAUACUUCACUGCCCGAUCCACUUUUCACUUUGAACAAUCUCGUCCAUUUGGACAUGAGUGAUAACCAAAUCCAAGGCCCACUCCCCUUCAGCCUAGGCAACCUGACUUCUCUUGCCGUGCUGCACAUGGGAUAUAACAAGUUUAAAGGCAAAAUCCCAAGUGCGAUUGGGCAACUUCGAGAACUCACCGAACUCGAUCUCAGUGGGAAUAGGUUCAAUGGUACCAUUCCAUCCUCUCUUUGGAUGCUGAGUGAGUUGAAAUCCUUGGAUCUAUCUGACAAUCCAUUGAGCGGGGAGCUGCGUGACAUUCACUUUGCCCAACUCGCACAACUGAAAGACUUACGCUUAUCCUCCCCUCUACUUGCUCUGAACGUGAGUUCCUCAUGGGUCCCACCAUUCCAGCUUCAAGUUAUAAGAAUGCGUUCCAUCAAGAUAGGGCCCAAAUUUCCUCUCUGGCUUCAAACUCAGCAAAGAGUCGAAUAUCUGGUCAUGUCUAAUGCAAGCAUCUCAGAUACUAUCCCAGAUUGGUUUGAGAGAGUGUGUCAUGGUAUAAAAUAUUUGGAUUUCUCCGGCAAUCACAUGAUGGGAAAACCACCCGUGUGCAAAGGCAACAGUGGUCAUGAAUUUCGCAAAAUAUUUUUUUUGGAGUCCAUCAAAUUCGAGGGGCCUUUGCAAUUGUUACCAACAGAUAUUGCUGAAUUGUAUCUUAAAAAUAACUCACUGCAAGGGAUUAUUCCACACCCCGACAUUAACAUGACAUUGGAUAUUCUUCGAGUACUAGAUCUCAGUGAUAACCACUUCAUCGGCAGCAUCCCUGAUUCGUUGUGCAGCUUACAAAUGCUUGUUGUCCUGGAUCUUUCUAACAACCAGCUCUCUGGAAGGAUCCCCUCAUGCAUUGGUAAGCUUAAAACGUUGGGUGCGCUACUUCUGGCAAACAACAGUCUCCACGGGCACAUUCCAAUUUCAUUGGGACAUCUCAAUGAUCUCCAGUCUUUGCACUUGAACCGAAACAAUUUUACAGGGACGGUCCCAUUCUCUCUGAGACAUCUGAAAAAAUUGGAGUACCUGGAUCUUGGAAAUAAUAGACUGGAAGGCAUUAUACCAUCUUGGAUUGGGGAUGAACUAUCUCGUCUGAGGAUCCUUGUGCUUGAAUCUAAUAAUUUCCACGGUGACAUUUCCGUGAGCCUCUGCAAAUUAUCAUCCCUUCAGGUUUUAGAUUUGGAAGACAACAACUUAACUGGCCAUAUACCUCGCUGUUUUAACAACUUUACAGCAAUGAUUUCGACAAAAUUGGACCGGACAGAUGUUUUUGUCGAUGUUUAUCCUGUAAUCGGUGAGGAAGCAAGCUAUAGGGAAGAACUUUCAGUUUUCAUCAAAGGAGGAAUGUUGAACUACACCUCAAGCAAUGUGGCAUAUGUUAGAUUCAUGGGGCUCUCGGGAAAUAAACUAAGCGGGGAAAUACCCGUCGAGUUAAUGUCUCUUGUUGGAUUGCAGGGUUUGGAUUUAUCUGGGAACCAUCUAAGUGGAAGAAUCCCAGAAAACAUUGGGAACUUGAGCCAACUUGAGUCUCUAGAUUUAUCCAAAAAUGACCUUUCCGGUCCAAUUCCUCAAAGUUUGUCGAACUUAAAUUUUCUGAGCUGCAUGAACUUGUCGUUCAACAAGCUAAUUGGUCGAAUUCCAUCCGGACGUCAACUGCAGACAUUAGACGACCCAACCAUUUACAUGGGAAACAGUGGACUUUGUGGUGAACCGCUAGACAAAAGCUGCCCUGAUGGUAAAUCAAAUGCCGGAGAAUCUGAUGGUGAUCAUGAGGAUGGCAAGGAGUCUUAUUUUGAUUGGUUUUAUGCUGGUUUGGGACCUGGUUUUGCUGUUGGACUCGUGGGAUUCCUCAGUGUUCUAUGUUUCCAAAAGUCAUGGCGUUAUGCAUACUUCGGAUUUCUGGAGAGCUUGUUCAAUAAAGUAUGGGUAGAAAUUGCAUUGCUAAAAAGGAAGUUUAAUUGA